GAGCGAUGAUCGAGAGAGGGAAGAAGAGACGAGUAGAUGGUGGCUCUGGUGGUGAGUGUGGUUUGUGCGGAGAGACGACGCCAUGUUUUCCCCACCUUAUAUAGGUCUUUACCAAGCCCUCUCAACGGCGUUCGUAGCAGCGGAGGAAACCCAUGACACACAUGAUUGCACCCACGCCCGCGACAUUAUUCUGUUUGCAGCAUGCCGCCAACAAGGUGGUGCGAAAGGGCAGUGCUUCCGCUCACGCGAUGCAUGCAACUGCAGUCCCUUCGCCGGUUGUUGCAAACAGCGGAACUGUGGAUUGGCUGCUAUCCUUUUUGUAUGCUCACAAACUGCAGAAUUCUUACAAACAUAACGAAUACCUAAAACUGUGAACGGCAAAAACAUUUGGGCAAUGAAGGAGCGGGUUCU